AUGCGUCAGAAAUCAUUUUGCACGCACACAAUCCACAAUCAGACAUUUAUUUUUCUCUCCACACAGGUCAUUUUCUACGAGGACAGGAACUUCCAGGGUCGGCACUAUGAGUGCAGCACCGACUGUGCCGACCUGUCCCCUUACUUCAGCCGCUGUAACUCCAUCCGUGUGGAGAGUGACUGGUGGGUGGCGUACGAGAAACCAAACUACAUGGGGUACCAGUAUGUCCUGAACAGGGGGGAGUAUCCUGACUACCAGCGCUGGAUGGGAUUCAACGACAACAUCAGGUCCUGUCGCAGCUACCCACAUCAACGAGGUGGAAACUACAGGAUGAAGAUUUACGAGAGGCCUGAAUUUGGAGGACAGAUGAUGGAAUUCAUGGACGACUGUCCCUCCGUCUAUGAUCGCUUCCGUAACCGUGACAUUCACUCCUGCCACGUGAUGGAUGGUCACUGGAUCUUCUAUGAACAACCCAACUACAGAGGCCGACAGUACUUCAUGAGACCCGGGGAGUACAGGAAAUACAAUGACUGGGGCGGCUACAACUCCACCAUCGGGUCUUUCAGGCGCAUGAGGGACUUCUAAUCUGUUAUUGCAUGGCACAAAUUUAUCUUGUUAAAAUAUUUAUCGCCACAAUAAAACAUCUCUACUUCAACACU